UGCUGACUGCGAGCGACAAUCUGCAACUUUCUCUGCAACUUUCCAGGUGUUUCUUGGACAGGUACGGGGUCUGCAACUUGCCAUAAAGUAAGUUAAUGCCCCUGGCCUUCACAUAAACCCGACAGGUAACAUUGUGCAUGCAUUAAAGCUGCUGGUGACGUCACUUAAGCCCUGGUAAAAACGCAAACCAUGACGUCCGGGGAGAGAGCGCCUUUGCCGGCCGGGGGCAGCGGCCUGCUGCGGGGGAGCCGCACCAGGUCGUACGGGAGCCUGGUCCGGUCCCCGCUGCGACAGAGAUGCAUUGAACACAACAUUCAGCCAGAAGACACGCUGCCAGGCCUGGCCCUGAAAUAUGGAGUGUCUAUGGAGCAAAUCAAAAGAGCCAACUGGCUGUACACCAACGAGUCCAUAUUCCUGAAGAAGUCGCUGUCCAUCCCUGUGCUGUCGGACUCGGACCACUGCAGUAAAAGGGUGGAUUUGGUUGGAGAGGACAGUGAAGGAGACGGCUCCGCUGUAAACGGGCUCACGGGGAGCUCCUCCGAGAGGAAGCAGAGCGAUGGUACAGAAAGGGCGUCGGACCUCACGCCAGUGGAUUUUCUGAAAAGGCUGGAUGGCUUGAUCAGUCAGUCCAAGCAGGCGGCCGUCAAAGGAUGCCAGGACGCAGAGAGAAGGGUUGCUGCCAUAGAAGCAGCUUGCACCCGCGGGACAUCGGACUGGUGGCCGUUGACGAGGUCCCAGAGUGUCAUUUUAUCUUCCAGAGGGCAUCAGCAGCAGGCGUCACACGUGGCGGUGCCCUUAACCAUCACCAGACUCACAAAGAAACUCCGAGACAGGGAGGAUGAGAUCUUCCAGCUGUGACUUGUUUGGUUCCUGCUGUCUCACACUGAUCAUUACAGGAAAACUCUCUCAGAAAGCCACGUCACAGGGUUUGUCCUACCGGAUAAGAGAGCAACGCAGAUUAAAGAAUAGAUCCUGCUGCCACAUGGACUUGAAGCACAAACGUUUCUUUUCACACAGCUAUAUAAUAUAUACCUAUUUAAUGGGAGUCUUUUAACAGGGUCUUUAAAAUGAUUAUUGCACCUAUGUAGCCACCUUAUUUAUUUGUUGACACAUACUCUAGAUCCGGAGUAGCUCUACCCGUUAGAGUGGCUUGCUAAAGGUUCAAAGAAGUUGUACAUCAAUUCGAUGACACAAAAUAGUUUUCUUUUAAUUCUAUCCAGUCAAAUUCCCAGGCAUCCCGCACCCUUCUGAUAUUUAAUGAUUAUUUGCCGACCAGCGGCCAAUUAAAUGAUUUAUGCCGCUUUUAUGUUUUGUUGCGUCUGCGUAACUUUAGUCGAUGGCGGCAGACUAGCAAGCAAACACCAGAUUUGACUUUAACUACCAAAAAAUAGCCAAGCCAAUAACAGCCCCCCAGAAAACUAUUUACAUAAGCAGAAUUUUUAUUUCACAAAUUUGAAUGGUAAAUGUUUGUGUCUCAUUUGCGGUGCCGCUUCACCAAAGUCCACAGCAACCUUUCAUGGGACUUUCUGGCUCGUAUUUAGUUUGAUUUACCAAGCUGAAGAAGAAAGCCGCCGCAGCAACAGAGGCUUUGAAUACACUUCCUGUAAGUCGCUUUGGAUAAAAGCGUCUGCUAAAUGACUGUAAUGUAAUGUAAUGCUUUGAUUAGUGGAGCAACACAACAGGCCCUUUGCCUAGAAGCGAUGACUGCUGUGGCUGAAACAUUUCAGACAACCAUAAAAGUAAGACAGGAAUCAUGUCUGUUAUUGACGAUGUACAACUAUGUUGCUAUGAGUAGAUUUCAGUUACUUUCAUUAUUUCAAAUAAGCUGUUAAGAGGGGAAAAGGUUUGAGGCUGAUGCUGUAGAUUAUGAAGAGCUUCAUAUGCUCCAUAGCUGUGUUUGGCUUGUUUUCAUGAGCAGGAAACAUAAGUGUGAAAUUAUUCUAAAUGAGAGUCUUUGGUCACAAGCUGGUUCAGUCACAUGACUCUUCAUAUGGUCAACUCAAGUGGUUUGAGUGUGACGCUACCUGAUACUGCCUGAUACUGCAAAGAAGGCCAAGUUUUCAGACUAAAGCCUUCAGAAUAUGAAUCAUGUUUUCUGAAAUAUUAAGAGCACAAAGUUCUUUC